AUGGCGACCGAGGCUGCCGCGGCGCCCUCCAACCCCUUCGUCCAGUACGUCGUCAUCCGUAAGGACCUCGGUCAGGGGAUGGGUUGGCCGCUUGGAAGCAUAUGCGCGCAGGCUGCGCACGCGGCGGUGGCUGCAGUCUGGGAGCAUAAGGAUCAUCCGGACACGCAGGCAUACUGCGCGCCGGAUGCUAUCGACGGCAUGCACAAGGUGGUGCUCGAGGUCAAGGGCGAGACGCAACUGGUCAAUCUGGGGAAGAAGCUCGAAGAGGCGGGCGUCGCGUACAAGUUGUGGUACGAACAGCCGGAGGACUACCCGACGUGCCUGGCGACGAGGCCGUACCGCAAGGACGAGGUAUCGGCGCUGUUCAAGAAGUGCAAUCUCGCGAAGGGACUCAUAGCGCAGUAG